UGGUGCUCACAGCUGCCUCUUUGGCACCUCCUUCCAAGCCGGAGUCAGGGCGGUCCUUGAGUCUUGGACCGGCCACCUGCUACCACCCUGCGACCCGACCUGCUCAGGCAGAAGCUGCCCAGGGACAAAGAAGAGCACAGGUCAUUUAUCUCCAGGCUUUGAGAUCUGCGUGGGGAGCUGGUGCAGCAGCCCAGGCGGCAGGAAGACACGAGACAGAAUGGCGUGGCAGGGGCUGGUGCUGGCUGCUUGUCUCCUCGUGCUCCCCUCUGCCUCCACGGACUGCCUGUCCCACUGCUCCCUGUGUGCUGUGAAGACCCAGGACGGGCCCAAACCCAUCAACCCCCUGAUUUGCUCCCUGGAAUGCCAGGCUGCCCUGCUGCCCACUGAGGAGUGGAAGAGGUGCCAGGACCUUCUGUCUUUUUUCACCCCCUUCCCCCUCGGGCUCAAUGGUAAGGAAGACUCGGAGAGUGAGGCAGCUUUGGAAGAGGCCUAUGAUGAGCUGGCUGAGCACAAGGGGCCCGUCCUGAAAGAGCUGGAGAAAAGCAGAUCCGUCCUCAGAGCUCCAGCAGAGGAGAACGUCCUGAGCAGGGGCCUGGCAGCGAAGCUCGGGGGUCUCGCUGGCAGGUUGGAGGAGGGAUCAGAGUCAGAGCUGAUGGGGAACACCCGGCUGAAUGAUGGCACCAUGGAAGCUGGAGCACUGGAUUCUGACGAGGAGGACCCCAAGGAACAGGUCAAACGCUAUGGGGGCUUCUUUCGCAAAUACCCCAAGAGGAGCUCAGAGGUGGCUGGGGAGGGAGACAGGGAUGGGGAAAAAGUGGGCCACGAGGACCUGUACAAACGCUAUGGGGGCUUCUUGCGGCGCAUCCGCCCCAAGCUCAAGUGGGACAAUCAGAAGCGCUAUGGUGGGUUUCUCCGGCGCCAGUUCAAGGUGGUAACUCGGUCUGAGGAGGACCCCAAUGCCUACUCCAGAGAGCUUUUUGAUGCUUAAACACCUCCCUGUCAUGGAGGCGAGUCAGGAGCUUCCCCCAAAUUGGGGUGCACUGACUCUUCCUACGUGCCCCAUCCCCAGGCUCUGUUCAGCAUCGUCCACACAGCAUCCAAACCCAGCCGGCCCCUCUUCUGCCGGGAGCGCAGUGUUUGUCUGGGUCAGUGAGGGGGGAGGGGGAAGGUUCGCCUCUUCAGUAGGCUUGUGCUUGGCUCAGACCCCAGACCUCUAAAACCAUUGCUUUUCAUAUCAACCCUUCCACCCCAUUCAUGGGACUCCCCCGUUCCAGAAAUCCAGGCUGACUUCUUCGUCUCUGUAGAUCUGUUGUUUCCGAGAUUUGCUGAUCACAUGUCCCUCUCAAAAGAAAAGUAAGCAUACCCUAUGCAGAAAUACUUGUUUAUCAUAAAACACAGGAAAGGUAGAAAUGUAAAACAAGAGAAAUAAACAAAUAGAAAUCUUAAUAUUUUAUUCCCAAACCUCAAAGGACCUCCUGUGCACCCCACUUUGAAGAUAAUGCUUUGGGUAAAGCGCCCAGAUGCUGCCUUAUAUUGGAGCAGGAGUUUCUACACUACAGAGUUCAGUCUUCUAGCAGAUUAAAUGUGCAGUCGGUGUACUCUGAGUUCUUGUUUAGAAACACACAACUUGAAAAACCGAGUUCCUGGACUUCAGUCCAUCUUGGUACCUUGGACAGCGCCCAACUUCUCACAGCGGGUGCGAGCGACAACCCCUUCCCUACUUGGUUGCGGAGCGCAAUAUUCAUUUCUGAAUACUGAAAUGAUCAAGGAGGGAGUGAGGCAAACCAAUUUGUUCUUUGCAACAAACAAAAUGUGGACCAGUUCCCUCAGCCCUCAUUAAACUAAUUAAACUGAUUGGAAUCACACUCCUACCCCAGGAUGAACUGAAGCUGAGUCGAGUGGAUGAGGUUAACCACAACCAUGUUCUUGAACAGUUCAGUCUGCCACCAAGAGGCCAAGCCAUCUGGCCAAACAUAUGCAGUGGACACUGGGUAGGGAAUCCAGGAGCAACAGCGAGAAAGCGAAAAAGGCCUCCUCAACCCCAAGGGUGAUUCUUCCCUCUCAGUGUCAAAAUUAAAACCAGAAAGAGAAAAGAAAUGAUUAAGUGCUUGAUGCCAAGUGAGCUCCCUGGAUGCAAAUAUCCUAGAAUCAGAGGCAGAGAUCUCCUGAUGCCUUGAUUUCAAUCAAAGUUCCCUCUCUGUCUCUCCUGCUCACUUGUCCCCAGGCACGACAUGGUUUGUGGGUCCAGGAGGCUGGGCUGGAUAGGAGAGGAAAUGGACUUGAGUUCCGUUCGUUUGUAUAAGAGCCUGCUGAGCACACCUCUUCUUUCCCAACUCCCAGCUCUCUCAUGAUGUUCUGAAAUGUAUUGAUUGUUUUAGGGUUAUUUUGUGUGCUUUUCAAAAAUCCCAUUUAUGCAAUUUACUUGGAAUUUGCUUAAUCCUUGGUGGGCCUGUGUUAUU